AUGGGUGAUCAGGAUCCAACACCACUGAGCAGAGAACGUUCCAUGUACCUGAGGAUUUAUACGGCCGCGGGUUGCCGACCCCUGGCCUGGAUGAACCAGCUCCCCCUGCUGGAUUCAAUCCAGUUUCAGCAGGCAUUCAGUCUGGCUGCCAACGUCACCCUACUAGCUGUCAACAUUCGUAAUGACAGGCUCAUCAUGACAGGAAGUGGCAUCUACACCCCUUUUUCUGCCACCUACCACCACGCCAGGAAAGGGGACCCAGAGGAGGGCAGGCUGCUGGUGGCCAGAGUGCCAGUUUUGGAGCCACUUGAGGUAAAACAAAGUGCAGCCAAAGAGGUGGAGGCUGGUGGUGGGGAGUCAACAAUAUCAGCGGCUACAGACUCUGGAUACUGCUACCAAGAUAGCUGUGAUGACCCUCCUCCUCCCUCCUACCCCACCUUCAUCUCCUCUAUGAUGUAUGACACAUUUACAUUUGUCCUCUUAAAUGAGACACAAGGCGACAUUAAAGUGUGCAACGGCACUUUCUGCUGCCGCCUGCAGUACAGGUGGUUACUGCAAGACCAUAAAGAGCUCUAUGCUUUCGGCGCACUUGCAGGAACACACACCGUCAACGGACGUUACGCACUGCAGGUUUGUGCAGUAGUCUGUUGUGCAGGGUUGGAUCAGAGCUCUUGUGGACAGGAAGCGGAAGAAGCAGAGUCUAAAAUGGACUUCCUGUUGGAGGGGAACUUUGACACCAAAUACGUGUACCCAUCUAUUCUGACAAGCCGAAUGUUCCUGGAGCAGCCAGAGAGUCUGGAGAAAGCUGCAGACGGGAGACUGACCAUGAAACAUUCAAACACGAAGGGUGGCCUGGUCACUGCCUGCCUGUAUGGACGAAUGUACCACCUGGACAAUGAAUAAACUUUAGAGGGAUCAGGAAAAUAAAGUUCAGUGUUAUGGUUAAGAGCUGCUCCAACCUUCAGCUGUUACACAUUUCUUUUAUCUCUUAUAAAAUAAACCAAAACAAAUGUCUUUA